AUGCAUUCAUUUCCGGUUGGAUUAUUAGUAUGUGACUUUGAUGAAACCAUAACACAAAAUGAUUCAAUUUGUGAAUUGGCUAAUUUAGCUUACGAAAAAAGAGCAAAACAAGGGAAAUGCCCAUCAUCACCACCAAACUGUCCACCUCUGAACGAUAAAGACGAAGGAUGUCCACCACCAUGGUCAUAUUUCGUUGAGUUAUAUUUUAAAGAAUAUAAAGAACAUAUUAACCAUUGGCGUGAAUUAAAUCCCGAUGAUACAAUUCUGGAUCAUUUUAAAAUGUUAGAAUCACUAAAAAAAGUUGAGAACAUUUCAAUUGACAGAAUUGAAAAAUACGAUUGUAUGAAAGGUGUUUGUGAUAACGAAUUAAUUGAAAAAGGAAAAUCGAUAAAGAAGAGAGAGGAAGUAUUAAAUACGUUAAAAAAAUUUAUUUCUAAACAUGGAAUAAAUGGAAUGAAACUUCACAUGGAUAGGAAUUUAUAUAUAAUUUCAACGAAUUGGUCUAAAGAUAUAAUAUUAGGAAGUUUAUUCGACUUAGUAUUAGAAUAUAAAUUCGAUAAAAGAUUUAUCUUCUCAAACGAUUUAAUAUUUAAUAAUAAUUGUUCUACUGGGAAAUUAAACCGUAAUGUUUUAUGUGCUACUGAUAAACUUGAAAUAUUUAAACAAUUCCACACGCCAAAAAAUACCUUGUCGGUUUAUAUUGGUGAUUCGGAUACCGAUUUACCUUGUCUAUUACAAGCUAAUAUUGGAAUCAUAAUGGGAAAUAAUAAAUCUCUAACCAAAUAUUGUAACAAAUACGAGAUUGAAAUUGUGGAGGGAUUAAAGGAUCGUGUUGAAAUAUAUGACGGAACAGGACAAAAGAACGGAAAGCUAUAUAGAGUACAAGGUUGGAAGGAAAUUGCUGAUAGUGGUUUAUUAAAUUGA